ACUCCACGAAUUCUCCAUUUAUAAACAAAGCAGUACGAUUUAAUCCAAUGGUACUCACGGGAGAAGCAGGACUGGAAUUAGGAAAGUUAGUCGAAAACGAGCGGAUUGUAGUUCUCGCUCGAACUACGGUGAAGGAAUUAAUUGAUCUUGCAUAG